ACACAUACGCGCGCGCCACUCCCGUCAUGGCGGCGCUCAGCAAGUCCAUCCCGCACAACUGCUACGAGAUCGGCCACACUUGGCACCCGUCCUGCGGGGUGUCCUUCCUGCAGAUCACCGGGGGCGCCCUGGAGGAGUCCCUGAAGAUCUAUGCGCCCUUGUACUUGAUUGCAGCAAUUCUUCGGAAACGCAAAUUAGAAUAUUAUUUACACAAACUAGUACCUGAGAUCCUGCAAUCUGCUUCAUUUCUGACUGCAAAUGGGGCCCUGUAUAUUGCUUUCUUUUGCAUUUUAAGGAAGAUACUUGGAAAAUUUUACUCAUGGAGUCCUGGCUUUGGUGCUGCUUUGCCUGCAUCUUAUGUUGCCAUUCUAAUUGAAAGAAAAAGCAGGAGAGGAUUGCUCACAAUUUAUAUGGCCAAUUUGGCAACAGAAACUUUAUUUAGAAUGGGUGUUGCAAGAGGAGCCAUCACUACAUUACGAAAUGGAGAAGUUCUUUUGUUCUGCAUCACAGCUGCCAUGUACAUGUUCUUUUUCAGGUCCAAAGAUGGUUUGAAAGGAUUUACAUUCUCUGCACUUAGGUUCAUUGUUGGGAAGGAAGAAAUUCCCACACAUUCUUCUUCACCGGAGGCUACAUAUGCAAGAAUAGAACAAAAGACUGAGAAUCAGGAGGAAAAACCAAGGAGAAUGAAUAUAAUUGCUCUAGUUAGGAAACUUGUGGAUUCAAUAUGUAAACAUGGACCAAGGCAUAGAUGUUGCAAACAUUAUGAAGAUAACUGUAUCUCUUAUUGUAUUAAAGGUUUCAUCAGAAUGUUUAGUGUGGGAUAUUUGAUCCAGUGCUGCCUCCGAAUUCCAUCUGCAUUUAGACAUCUAUUUACACAGCCAUCCCGGCUUUUUUCUCUUUUCUACAAUAAAGAAAACUUUCAGCUUGGAGCUUUUCUCGGUUCCUUUGUUAGUAUCUACAAGGGCACUAGCUGUUUCUUGCGCUGGGUCAGAAAUUUGGAUGAUGAACUACAUGCUAUUAUAGCUGGAUUUCUGGCAGGUGUAUCAAUGAUGUUUUAUAAAAGUACAACAAUUUCCAUGUAUUUAGCUUCCAAAUUGGUAGAGACAAUGUAUUUCAAAGGCAUUGAAACAGGGAGGGUUCCCUAUUUUCCCCAUGCAGAUACUAUCAUCUAUUCCAUAUCUACAGCAAUCUGCUUUCAGGCAGCUGUUAUGGAAGUUCAGACUUUACGACCAUCUUACUGGAAAUUCCUUUUAAGGCUAACCAAGGGCAAAUUUGCUGUUAUGAACCGAAAAGUCCUUGAUGUUUUUGGUACUGGUGCAUCUCAACAGUUUCCAGAUUUUGUCCCCAGGUUGGAUCCAAGAUAUACAACUAUAACACCAGAAUUGCCCAUAGAGCUUUCUUGAAGUUCAUUGUAAUUUAUUAAUGGGAUUCAACGUUUCAUUAUUUUAUCCUGAGAGUUAAUUAUGGUCAAUACAAAGAAGGGGGCCUGUACUUGAACUUCAGUGUUAAUUUUCAGUGAGCAAUGCAUCGUUUGUUUUCUUACCA